CCCCAAGGGCUUCCCCAGGCUGAAGAAUGACAUGUUCCUGCGGGCAGCGCGCGGCGAGGAGACGGAGCACACCCCGGUGUGGUGCAUGCGACAGGCGGGACGCUACCUGCCCGAGUUUCGGGAGACGCGGGCAGCGCAGGAUUUCUUUGCCACUUGCCGUAGCCCCAAGUUGUGCUGUGAGCUGACGCUGCAGCCGCUCAGACGAUUCCCCCUGGAUGCUGCCAUCANNNCUUCAUCCAUUCUCCCCUGUCCCCAGGCGCUGGGCAUGGAGGUCGUCAUGGUCCCCGGCAAAGGACCCACGUUCACAGAGCCCCUGAAGGAGGUGGAAGAUCUGCUGAAGCUGCGGCAGAAGGUGGACGUGACCGCGGAGCUGGGUUACGUCUUCCAGGCCAUCACGCUGACACGACACAGCCUGGAGGGCAAGGUCCCCCUCAUCGGCUUCUCCGGGGCGCCUUGGACGCUCAUGUCCUACAUGAUUGAAGGCGGUGGCUCCACUACGAUGGCCAAGGCCAAGAGCUGGCUCCGUGGGGCGGCCCCCCGGCUGCUGCGGCUGCUGGCCGAUGUCAUCGUUGACUUCCUGGUGGGACAGGUGGCUGCUGGAGCGCAGGCGCUCCAGGUGUUCGAGUCCCACGCAGGGCACCUGGGCCCAGAGCAGUUUGAGGACUUUGCCCUGCCCUACAUCCGAGACAUCGCCCGGGCCAUCAAGAGCAAGCUGAAGGAGGAGGCGCUGCCCCUGGUGCCCAUGGUGAGUCGGGGCUGCCUGGAUCAUCUUUGCCAAGGCGACCUGGCCCGCGCCGGCUACGAGGUGGUCGGUCUCGACUGGACCAUCCGGCCCCAGGAAGCUCGGUAAGAGGCUGGCAGAGCAGUGGGGUGCCUGGGUAGCACCCCAGGCCGGGAGAAGAUUGGGGACCUGGUGAAGAAGAUGCUGGAAGGUUUUGGGACCCAACGCUACAUCGCCAACCUGGGCCACGGCCUCUACCCUGACAUGAGCCCCGACCACGUGGGUGCCUUCGUGGAGGCCGUGCCCGUGCACGCUCAUUCCCGCCACAUCAACAAGCACAGCUGA